AUGGCCCACCUGCGCGCCUGCGAGGUCCGGCAGCUGCUGCACAACAAGUUCGUAGUCAUCAUGGGGGACUCGAUCCAGCGCGCCGUGUACAAGGACCUGGUGCUCCUGCUGCAGAGGGACUGCCUGCUCUCUUCCAGGCAGCUGAAGGCCAAGGGCGAGCUGAGCUUCGAGCGCGACGUGCUGCUGGAGGGCGGCAGGUGGGGCCGCAUGCACAACGGCACCGACUACCGUGAGGUGCGCCAGUUCUGCGACGGCCACCACCUGGUGCGUUUCUACUUCCUCACGCGCGCCUACUCGCAGUACGUCGAGGCCGUUCUGGAAGAGCUGCAGUCUGGCGAGCACACCCCGGACGUGGUGGUCAUGAAUUCCUGUCUCUGGGACGUCUCCAAGUACGGCCAGGACUUCCGGAGGAGCUACUGCAGGGGCCUGCAGAGCCUGUUUGGGCGCCUGGCCCAGGUGCUGCCCCAGUCCUGCCUCCUGGUGUGGAACACGGCCAUGCCCGUGGCCGAGACCGUCUCGGGGGGCUUCCUCCCGCCUGAGCCCUGGUCCAGCCGCGCCCGCCUGCGGCAGGACGUGCUGGAGGCCAACUUCUACAGCUCGGUGGAGGCGGGCAGGCAUGGCGUCGACGUGUUGGACCUACAUUUCCAUUUCCGCCAUGCUGGGCAGCAUCGGCAGCGAGACGGCGUGCACUGGGACGAAUGGGCGCACCGACACCUCUCAAUGCUGCUGCUGGCCCAUGUGGCGGACGCCUGGGGCGUGGACCUUCCCUGCCGCGAACCCAUGGGCGGGUGGAACAGGGAUGGCCCAGCCGGCAGACGUCCAGACCCCGCGGGCAGGAGGCAGCCCGAAGACAGGCGAGGUGAACCGGCCUCGUCCUGGCGGUCUCCCUGUCCCCAUUCUGGACCGAUGUUUACGCCCCACCGCCAAGACACCUAUUUGCCUUCUGAUCGGUCUUUACAGGGCCAGCAAUUCUCCAGCGACACCUUGGCGCGCCAAAUCCGAAAUACCAACGAAGCAAACUGGAUGGUUGGCCGAGAGUCGCGGCUGAGCCCCAUCCGCACAGACUCUGCUCAGCACCAAGGCAGAGGGUCUGCCCCUUACCCUCCCCCGCGCCCCGGCAGGCCACGCAGACGCGAGCGAAGGCACACAAACAGACGAAUGUGA